UUUUGUGAUAUCUAUGCAUCCGCCGAGUAGCGAGGGUCGAAAGAAGACGAAGAAAGGGAUCGGAAAAGGGGGAAACCAGCUGCCAAUCAGAGCGUCCUAUCCGGAGCUGGCGUAGGUCGAUCCGUCCACGUCGAGGUUCGUUCCGGUUGCUUUCUUUUGAGGAAGUUAUUUGAAGCGGUUCGAUCAGAUGGCGUCUUUGGUUAAUGUUACCGCUUUGAGGGUCGGCAAGUCGGCGAUUGGAACAGGAACCGCUGCUCCGACUAAUUAUCCGGCUAUCCAAAGCCGGCGCCCUCUGUAUCUUGGAUCCGGGGAUCGUAGGUUGGCGGAGAAGAAACUAAUCGGUUUGAUCGGAGGGAAACGGAAGAUGGAGGCGGUGAAAGCGAUGGUGGCCGGCGGAGGAGGAGGAGGAGAGGGAGUGGCGAAGUACAAAGGGACGCAGAGGAGGGAGAAGGAGCUGACGGAGAUGAUAGAGAAGAAGGUGCAGGAAGCGAAGGAGGUGUGCGAGGGGGACGAGAGGUCGGACGAGUGCAAGGUGGCCUGGGACGAGGUGGAAGAGGUCAGCCAGGCCAAGGCUCAUCUCCGCCUCAAGCUCAAGCUUGACAAGCUCGAUCCUCUCGAGUCCUUUUGCCAGGACAACCCUGAGACCGACGAGUGCCGAAUCUACGAAGACUGAGCAAACGACGGUCUCGAGAUCGUCGAAUAACGAUCGGCUAUGUAUGAGUAACUAGUACAAGAUUGCUCCGAGGGCUGCUCCUGAUUGCGAACCGCUGCCGCUGCGGCUGCGGCUGCCGAUCGGAAUCGGAUCAUUGCACCCUGGCUCAGUUAGUUGCUGCCGUCCUUUCUUCUUUAAUUAUUGUUGUCGGCCAUGGUAGUAAAUUUACAUGAUUCUGGCAUUGCACUAGGAACAGCCUGAUGUAGUGUAAAAUCUCUCAGCUUUGUUAAAUUUCUCUUUUAGAGCAUAAAGGUGUUGUUGCAAUGGAUUCUUCCAAAUUCUA